UUGCAGGCAUUAUAUACGCUCGUGACAAGAACUUGAAUACGGGUAUAGAAAGUGAAUAGUGCGCCGCAUAGCUGUAAGCGAAUAAACUAUACUAUUUCAAUAAAUUAUAUGAAUGCUAAAAGCUGCAGUUUCUGUUUGAUUUCUACUGCCAAUUUACCAUCAGAUUGCGCGCACGCAGAUCUUGCUCGAUUUUUGCCGACAAUCUGAUGUCAAGUCAUGUUAGCAGAUCCUGCUCGAUUUCUGCUACCAAUCUGCCGUCAGAUUGCGGGCGCGCAGAUUCUGCUUGAUUUCUGCUAUCAAUUUGACAUCAAAUUGCGUUGUGCAGAUCCUGCUCGGUUUUUGCUGGCUAUCUGCUAUAAUAAUUCUAUGCAAAUCCUGCUCGGUUUCUGCUACUGAUCUGCUGUCAAAUUAUGUCAGCACGUUUUGUAACAUUUCUGCUGACAUUCUGCUAUUAUUAUUUGAUAUAACAGACUUUGUAUACAAUCUGGAAUCUUUCUGCUGACAAAAAUUUGUAGCAGACGUUUGGCAAAAUCUGUUCGAACAGAUUUGACUAUCUGGGGCAUUAACGUGAUGCAAUUUUGCGCGUUUUAAAACCUGACAACACGAGCGACGAAGUACCUUCGUUCUGUGUAUCUUAUUUAUCAUGCUGUUGCAUCUUCGACGAAACAUUAUCAAGCGCAAGAUAUCUACAUUUCACAGGUGUAUACUUAAAUAAAGGAUACUACAAUGUGGCAAACGCAAAGUAACAAUUCCAAUAAUUCCAAUCAGAAUUCUAUAUCGAGUGAGAAGAACAAUUUACGUACUCUGGGUAUAACAUCUGCUAUCAGUGUAGCGGAGCCUAAACCCAUUCAUAUUAUCAGAACUAACGAAUUGAAGGAGGCCCUUAAACCCUAUAAUGUUUUUGAGUCUGAAGAAGAAUUGAAUCAUAGGAUGGAGAUCUUAAGCAAACUGAAUGCAUUGGUCAAACAGUGGAUAAGAGAUACUAGCAUAGCUAGAAAUAUGCCACCUAAUGUAGCUGAACAAGUCGGUGGUAAAAUAUACACAUUUGGUUCAUAUAGAUUAGGUGUACAUCACAAAGGCGCCGAUAUUGAUGCUUUAUGUGUUGUACCACGUCACAUAUAUAGAUCAGAUUAUUUUACAUCUUUUUUUGAAUUACUGAAGAUGCAAGAAGAAGUUACAGAUUUAAGGGCAGUGGAAGAAGCCUUUGUACCAGUCAUAAAAAUGAAUUUUGAUGGUAUAGAAAUCAACAUGUUAUUUGCAAAGUUAACUCUUAAAGAAAUUCCGGAUUCGAUAGAUCUCAAGGAUGACAUGCUACUCAAAAAUCUUGAUCAAAAGUGUGUCAGGAGUCUCAAUGGUUGCAGAGGAACUGCUGAAAUAUUGCGCUUAGUACCUAAUAUAGAAAAUUUUAGAUUGGCCCUUAGGGCUAUAAAAUUAUGGGCGAAACGACAUGGCAUAUACAGCAAUGUCUUAGGUUAUCUUGGUGAUAUGUCCUGGGCGAUGUUAGUCGCUCGAACAUGUCAGCUUUAUCCUAAUGCUGUGGCUGCAACUCUAAUAGAAAAAUUUUUCCUUGUAUUCUCUCAAUGGAAAUGGCCACAACCGGUACUCUUAAAACAACCUGAUACUGUCAAUCUAGGUUAUCCAGUUUGGGAUCCAAGAGUAAAUGUGUCAGACAGAUAUCAUUUAAUGCCAAUAAUUACACCAGCAUAUCCUCAACAAAAUUUUACUUUCAAUGUAUCCGUGUCUACUAGAACUAUCAUGCAAGAAGCGUUUAAAAAUGGACUAGGCAUAACUGAAGAGAUCAUCAUUGGUAAAGCAACGUGGGAUAAGUUGUUCGAACCGCCAAACUUUUUUGGAAAAUAUAAACAUUAUAUUGUAUUGUUGGCUAGAAGUUCAAGCGCGGAAGAUCAACUUGAAUGGUGUGGCCUUGUCGAGUCAAAAAUACGACAUUUAAUAGGUACAUUGGAGAGAAAUCCUCAUAUUAUCUUGGCACAUGUAAAUCCGGAAGCGUUUCCACCAUUACAUCCUGAACCAGGCAAGCAUUGUUCUAUGUGGUUCAUCGGCCUGUCAUUUGCUAAGAGUGAGAGUCUCAACAUUGAUCUCACAUAUGAUAUCAAAUCUUUUGUGGAAACAACUGAAAGGCAAGCAAAACAAAUAAAUAUGCUGAAGGAAGGAAUGUGGAUUGAGGCUAAACAUGUAAAACGGAAGGACUUGCAUACUUAUGUAUCUUCAAGUUUAGUGAAAAAAGAAAAGAAAGUUUCUGGUGGUGUGCAUUGCACACUCGGCUCUCACUCUAACACAACACACUCGCGCCCGCAAAAGAGAUGAUAACAUUUUUUAAUAAGAUAACUCGUAACUUUAAUAAAGAAUUAUUAACACUUUCAACCAAAGAAUAAAGAGAAAUUUCAAUUAAAAUGUAACGUUUUCGAAAUGUGUCCGCACGGCAGGCCAGCUGUCAAACGUCUGUCACAAAAUGUCCGACUUAUUUAUCAACUCUCCGAGCAACGCGCUCAACACCGCACUCGGAAAUGUUUUUAUAUAGUUCAAUUACAUGUAUAAUAUAUGUAUCUAUAAUUUAUGAAAAUACUAAUUUUUAAGAAGUUAACUUAUUUUCGCGGUGCUAAACCACUCGCUUUCUCGUCUCACGUUAUAAUCGCGUAUCUUUUUUAACACAACGAAAAAUUGCUUGACCGAUAUUCGAUAGAAAUUUAUACCCUUUUUGAAUAAAAGUACCUAAUUUUUUUA